CUGUUUAUACUGGUUGAUCAACACAUGCGUGUAUUAGCUCGCUACAUUAGCCGCAGAAACUGUUAUUUUAUUCCCGAUAUAGUUCACGUGUUUAUGGAGAAAGGAAUUAUUUUUCAGUCGAUAUUAACACUGCGUUGGUGUUCACGGACAUGGAGCUAAAGUGGGAUCAGGCUCCUGUCCCAGACCCCGCCCCCUUUUCCAAAGAUGUCUUUGACCAGUUCUCCCUGGCGCCCACCAUAAAAGAGCUCUGGGUGAUGUUACAAAGCCCUGAUGAAAAAUCUGAUGUGAAAGAAGACCCUAAGGCAAAUCCAGCUGCUUGCUCCUCACAAUCCAGUCAUGCUAAAAGUAACAAAAGCACGCCACAGACCAGCAUCAGACAAGGCCAAAGAACUUCAGACUGCAAAGAAGCUCUUCCUGCAUCUCCGAAUAAAUUCAUUAAGACUAUAGAAGAGGAACACUUCCUUAAACCAAAAGUGCCUUACCCCUGCUUCUCCUCUCUCAACCGCCAAGAGAGAGUGAUGUGUAUAUACACCAUUAAGAACAACAAGCAGGCCACGGCUCCACAGAUUUUAAUACAGAAGGUGAACGCUGAGGUGGCAGAGUUUAUGAAUUACCUGCAAGAUGUUUCUAAAGUGUGCGCCUGUGAUUAUAACUUCAUUCCCACGGGAGCUACGCGAUAUUCCGAGGAGUACUUUAGACAUUGCUUGGACCACAUGAGGAGCUACCCACAAGUGUACAGUAUUCAAGAAAUCACCAGUUUAACAGGCGGGAAAUUUGUCUCUGAUAUUUCCUUCAACUUUGAGAAACAGCUGCUUGCAAUGGGCACUGUGGAGAUAAUCGAAAAUCGAAUGUUGCCCGAAAACACGCAACUCGCGACGGAUUACGAGUCCAUUUCAGCCCUGAACCCUCCAGUUAAAAAAGCCACUCAUUUCCACACACCUAUCAGCAGUGACCCAAAUGCAGAGAAGCUCAGUGCUACAUAUGAGCCACAUGUGUGUCUAGCCAAAGAGGCUUUCCUCCAGCUGCUGAACAACAGUGCUGGGUUUACUGAACCAUGGGAACUUCCAGUCUGUGUGAAAGUCAACCCUGUAAAAGGUAGCACUCAGAGCAAAACGGUGUACAUCGACCCUCCUCUGCUGAAGACGGAGGUGACAUGGAGAGAGAGAAAUCACCUCUUUCAUGAGGAGAGUAUAAAACUGGAGUACAAGAAGACCGGUUCGAAGCCUGUGUUUUUCCUCACAUCAGAGGACUACUGCAGUAGAACUGGCUUUGUCACAGAGGAAGCAAGCAGCAGGCCAGUUGUUUCAUUUGACUCCACGGAUAUAGAUUUUGAGGUGGAUUUAACCGACCUGGAGUCAUUUGGAGAGUCUUGUCAACUGAAAAAGAAAGUAAAGGACAAUGAUACGAAAACCCAAGCACAUUCUAAACAUGAACCACUGGGAUUAACAAAACCUAACAUAGAAUUAGAUACAGACAAAACAUCGCACACAUUACCUAAUGAAGCUUCCCCACCUAAAGACAUUAUAUCAGCAGCUUCUACACCAGCAAAUGAAGAAGCAGCCAGGGUGAGUGUAGAGGACAGCUCAGUGGACGAGAGCGCUGAGACUACUCUGAAUUCUGUUUCUGAAGAAGACCGUUCAAGUUCGACUGUGGACGAGAUUCCAGCCAAGCGAAUGAGGCGUUCCUCAAUAGACACUGAUUCUGAUGAGGAACGUCUCAUUAUUGAUGAUCCACACUCCCUAAAGAAAGGAGUAGCGGACAAGACCCCGGUGAUGCCGGCAGAGAACAUCACUGACCCCGACACAUCCUCUGUGAGCGAUGUGAAUAUGCUUAUAAGUCCCAGCAGAUCUGCUAAAGGAGCUAAGAAAGGAGCCAAAAGACCCAGAGUGUCAGCGGAUUGCGACCAGCUAGGGCAGAUUUUGCGAAUGCAGAACGCCAUGCUGAAGUCCACGGCGACUAAAAACCAGGAGUCUCCAAAAGUACCAGCCGCAGACAGCAGUCAUCCACCAGAACCGAAACCCAAUGUCCACCCUGUGUCUCUGGUCAAAUCUAGCGUGUCCUCGUACCUGGACUUGGAAUACAGAGAAGGGCUGCAGAAUGAGGCUGCAGCUUCUGCCACCUCUCAGCCCACGGCACAAAGAAAAAGGCUGCUGAGAGAGGAGCUGCUGGUGAGUGCUGAGGAUGAGAAGGACUAUAAAGCUCCUGAGGAGGGCAGUGUACUGUAUAAACUCUACAGCCUGCUCGAUGUGCUGCUGAUGGUGCGUAGCACUGUGUCCAUUGCUCAUCCCAGACAUGACCAAGAAACAUUCAGGGCGGUUCCUGUGCAUGUGCUGCCCAAGCUGGAGUACCAGCUGUGUUACGGAGCCGAGAGUCUCACCUAUACCGAGGCGUGCAAGCUGUGGGCUGAGCAGCAGCUUCACUCCAGCACGGUAUCUUUCAUAGGUCGGAUUAAUGCACACACAUCAAAGGUAGUGCAGCUUCAAGAGCUCCAGCCCGGCUGGAUCCAGAACACCUCCUGUGAUUUCAAACCAGCUAAGAGUUUGAACACACUCCAUCACAUACUGAAAAAAGUCAUGAGCUUACAAGAGGGAAGAUACCUGUUGGGCCACAAAUCUGGUGAGGCUUUUUUGACCAUAUACAAAGCCACUGAUGGAAAGAAGCCCACUCGCAGUGUCUGUGACCUCCAGGCUGUCCAUUGUGGACCUCCUUUAAUCCCAGAUGCCAAAGUUCCCUGGGUUCCUGUGGAUCCCAACUAUCUUAUGCCAUAUCACAAGAAAUACUGUAGACCUCCAUGCACCUUCCCUCCACGUCAACCCACAAAGCCUAAGGUAGGAGUCCGCACCGGAGCAAAGGUGGGUAACAGCACAAAGGCUGCCUCUGCACAAGCGAGGCAAGGCACAAGCAAGGCAAGGACGGCCAGUCAAAAGCGGAAAAAAAAGAAUAAAAAAAAGAAACAACAGACAAAUAAAAACACAGAGGAAGGACAUGCAAACUGAAUAAAUAAUGAGGAGGAGGAAUAACAUCUGCUGCAUUGUUUUUCUAAUAUUUUUUUUUUUAAUUAUUUUUAUUACAAUCAUUCAACAGCUGGAUUUGAGUUAUGGUUAAAAAGUCACUCCAUGAUAACUAAUAAUAACAUCUGCAAAGCAAGGAAUAUGCAACCAGUGGAUAUUUCAUAACUCUGGAAUUUCUCAAAUGUCUUUUUUGUUUGUUGUGUAUUUUGUGCUGCAUCAUACUUACAUUUGGGUGUGUGGAAGUGCUUUCUAUAGAUUUUGUAUCACGAUCUAUGUCAGUUUUUCUUAAGAAAGUUUCUAAUAGUUGUUUUUUGUUCUUUAUUUUUUUACUUGUGAAAUAACAAUAAAUGAUAAAUAUUCCUUAAAAAUGGCUUAUUUUUUUGCACAUUGAUGUGUUGAUUUUUCCCCUCUGU